AAAAAAAGGAAAAAAAUCUUGGUUGAUGUCGGAGUCGGUAAAGCCGAGGAAAGGAAUAGGGAAGCGUCUUCAUUUUGUCUAAGGUGCUGGGUCAGUGAAGUUGCUCCUGCUGUUUACCUGCAACCCAUCAUCUGGCAUGGUCUGAGGGAGCAUCUCCAUCCACGUUGUGAUUGGCAGUUAACCAGCUAAUAAUAACCACUAUCUGAUUGUUCGUUUUUUGAGAACAAGUCCUGGUCCCUGCUUAUUCCUUAGCUGACCCUUGCACUAGUUUCCAGCGUGGUUGUGUGACUUGGUCCUAGGCGGCCCCCCCCCCCCCCUCCCUUACACUUCAGGCCUUCCUGAGCACCAGCAGCUGCGUCCUGCCUCUGUUUCCUGUCCUUGGUCGUGCAAGGCUGAGCCCCAUCCACUCCCCUAACCACCCAACCUCCCAAACACACACACGCGCACACACACGCUCAUCCUCCCAGUCGUCCGCAGCCCGACGGGACACCAGCCCCAGGUUUCCUGGUGCAGCUUAGCACUAUGACCUCCAUGUCCAGCCUGUUCUCCUUCACUAGCCCUGCGGUGAAGCGGCUGCUGGGCUGGAAGCAGGGCGACGAGGAGGAGAAAUGGGCGGAGAAGGCGGUAGACGCCCUGGUGAAGAAGCUGAAGAAGAAGAAGGGCGCCAUGGAAGACCUGGAGAAGGCCCUGAGCAGCCCCGGGCAGCCCAGCAAAUGCGUGACCAUCCCCCGCUCGCUGGACGGGCGGCUGCAGGUGUCCCACAGGAAGGGCCUCCCUCACGUCAUCUACUGCCGCGUGUGGCGCUGGCCUGACCUGCAGUCUCACCACGAGCUCAAGCCCCUGGAAGUGUGCGAGUACCCGUUUGGCUCCAAACAGAAAGAAGUGUGCAUCAACCCUUACCACUACAAACGAGUGGAGAGCCCUGUCCUUCCGCCGGUGUUGGUCCCACGACACAGUGAGUUCAAUCCUCAGCACAGCCUUCUCGUGCAGUUCCGUAACCUGAGUCACAACGAGCCACACAUGCCCCUCAACGCCACCUUCCCAGAUUCCUUCCAACAGCACAGCGGGGGCGGCUCCUUCCCCAUCUCUCCAAACUCACCUUACCCCCCCUCCCCUGCUAGCAGUGGCACCUACCCCAACUCUCCUGCUAGUUCAGGGCCGUCCAGCCCUUUUCAGCUGCCAGCUGACACCCCACCCCCAGCAUACAUGCCCCCCGACGAGCAGAUGGGGCAGGAUGGGUCUCAGUCUAUGGAGACGGGCACUAGCAUGGUGCCCCAAAGCAUGCCCAGAGGGGAUGUGCAGCCAGUGGAAUAUGAGGAGCCCAGCCACUGGUGUUCCAUCGUAUACUAUGAGCUGAAUAACCGUGUGGGCGAGGCUUACCACGCUUCCUCCACCAGUGUGUUGGUGGAUGGUUUCACUGACCCCUCCAAUAACAAGAACCGCUUCUGCCUGGGUCUGCUCUCCAACGUCAACCGUAACUCUACCAUUGAGAACACUCGCCGCCACAUUGGCAAAGGCGUCCACCUGUAUUACGUUGGUGGAGAGGUGUAUGCCGAGUGCUUGAGCGACACUAGCAUCUUUGUCCAGAGCCGCAACUGCAACUACCACCAUGGCUUCCACCCCACCACUGUCUGCAAGAUCCCCAGCGGCUGCAGUCUCAAGAUCUUCAACAACCAAGAGUUUGCUCAGCUGCUGGCCCAGUCUGUCAACCAUGGCUUUGAGGCUGUCUACGAGCUCACCAAGAUGUGCACUAUUCGCAUGAGUUUUGUAAAGGGCUGGGGCGCUGAAUAUCAUCGACAGGACGUGACUAGCACCCCCUGCUGGAUAGAAGUGCAUCUUCAUGGCCCCCUCCAGUGGCUGGAUAAAGUACUAACUCAAAUGGGCUCUCCUCUGAACCCUAUCUCGUCGGUUUCCUAAUGGUGGGCCCUACACAGAUGCUGGGAAGAUCUUUCUAUCUUUUGGUUUUUUACUUUUUUUUUUUUUUUUUUUUUUUUUUUAAAUUUUGCAAUUUUGAAAAAGGACGUCUUAAAGGCUUGAACUGUUUACACUACCUGCAAAAGGGCCUUUCAUCCUUUAAGCAGACAGAAUUGUGAGAAUGAACUGAGGCUACAAGCAAAACUAGCGGAGGAAAAUUUUAGGCAGUGACACACAAUGGACAAACUUACUGCUUAAGCAGUUGUCUACAACUUUUUUCCU